AUGGAAGAUCCCCACACAGGCCCAGUCUUACCCGUCUAUAUGAUGCCGCCGACUCCUCUCAACAAGAACUUCUUUGGCCGCGAGUGGGCUUUGAAUGCAAUCAGUGCAGAACUCUGCCCGAGGACUAUUACUAGACUAGCGGAUGGGAAAGCAGUAACGUACCCACUCACGUUUGCAAUCUGCGCUCCUGGUGGAAUGGGCAAGACCCAAGUGGCGAUCCAAUUUGCGCUCACACACCAUAAAGACUUCGACGCAAUUUUCUGGGUCAACGCAGACAGCGUUAAUGAGAUGGCUCAGGGAUUUCAGCGGAUUGCCCUACUUCUUGGUCUCGUUCCAGAAGGCUCCGCAGAUGCGAAUGACCUCCUAUAUACUCGUGAGGCAGUCAAACGCUGGCUCGUGAAUCCACGAGCCCGUGACAGCGACGGUGACAGACGGUCCAGGAAGCGGGUGUCUUGGCUGUUGAUCUACGACGGAGUACAAGACCCAGAUAUUCUCAACGAUUACUGGCCGUAUGAUGGGCCUGGUUCUGUCCUCAUCACCAGCCGCAACCCUUUCUCCUGGACAAAGUCACUGCCACUUAAACCGUUCAAUUCCGACGAAGCUAUUGCUUUUCUGUUAAAGUUAACAGGGAGAGAGAUAUCUGACGUUGAACGAAAAAGUGUGGGUAAUGUCAGCGCACGAUUAGGCGGACUGCCUCUCGCAUUGACCCAGAUGGCUAGUAUCAUGGUCACGAAGCAGCUUAGUUUCAGCCAAUUCCUUGAUUCUUACAACGAGAGAGAAAGCCAACGAGAGCUGUUGCAGUUUCAGACGGAUCUCAAAGGGGGCAGCAGCUACGCACAUACUGUUGCCUCGGUGUGGGCGUUCGAGAACCUCUCACACGGAAAGAAGUUGUUAAAUGUAUUGUCGAUGAUCGAUCCGGACUGUAUCCCAGAGCGGCUGCUUACCACUGCCAUGAAUGCGAUUGACCUUCCUGGCUACCCCACUUCAAUCGAGGAAUACCAGAUUGCAAGAGGGGAGCUUCUUGCUUGUUCCCUUGUAACGGGCAACAAAGAGGAGCAUAAAUUGUUUAUUCAUCGACUCAUUCAAGAUGUUGCGAGAGCGCGGAUGGGGCAUGCAGAGUUCCGACAAACAUUCGUUGCUUGCGUGAAGCUGAUUACAUCCAUUUGGCCGUUCGAGAGCUUUGCGUGGCGUCAUGGCAUCGCACGCUGGCCCAGUUGUGAGGAGCUGUUUCCGCAUAUUACUAGGCUGAAAGAUCUCUUCCCUGCGGUUCUCCCCUCAUCGGGGAGUUCAAAUAACUACCAUUUUGCCAGACUACUUACCGAUGCUGGCUGGUAUCUUCAUGAGCGUGGGAAAUCAAUCGACUCGAACUUGUUCAAUAACAUGGCUCAGUCAAUCUGCGAGUCACUCAAAUUCCGACUUUAUGAGCAGUCUGGUGCCUUCUCUGAUCAUGGCGUCACACACGCUGAGCUGAACUACACACUUGCUGAACUUUACCACAACCGAGGCUGCAUUGCCAGUGACGCCAACGACGCUGUUGAAGCGAUGAAGAACCUCAAGAGCUUCCACGAUAUGAUGCAGAAGGAACUUGACGAGAAGACUCAACGCACUGAUAUGCGACUCGGUCUUGCUUGCAAUGAACUUGGUAAUGCUUACAUGCUCAAGGAAGAUUGGGUAGAAGGCGAAAGAUACUUCCUGAGGUCCAUCGAAUUACUCGAAAAGUUGGACGACUUUGAGCCAAUAUUGAUAUCCCUCCCCUUGGUCAAUCUCGGCUAUGCAUACUGGUUACAAGGUAGAUUGGACGAGGCGGUCGCUGUCCUGGUGCAUGGAGCAAGUGCUCGUGAGGAAAAAUACGGCGACAAUGAUCGAAUCUCAUUUAUCUCAGGACGAUUUUACCAUGCACUUGGAAACGUAACUUACGACCAAGGCUCCAUGGAAGACAGUCUCGGCUACCACCGUAAAGCCCUAAUCCACUACAAGUCUACCCUUGGCAACAUUCACCACCGCACCGCAGCCGUCUUUGUCAAAGUAGCCGAGCAUAACAUUCGUAUUCACCAGUACGAAAUGGCUGUAGCUCUGUUGGACCAGGCGCUAAGGGCAUACUCGAUGUCGAAUAACUACGUACCUGAAAAGGCUCGUGCUUCGUUCAAAAAAUCACACGCACUACGUUCCCUGCGCAUGAUUGACGAGGCAGAUAAAGAGAUUCGCAUGUGCUUCCGAGUAUAUGCUGGGCUUGUCGCGGAGAAGAACGUCUUGACGGGGAAGAAGACGAUUUCGAAGACGAGGGCCGAGGACCUUAUCGAUAAAGACUUCGAUGAUUUAGUGGCAUUUUGGUCUAAAUAA